UUUGCAGGACGUCCCACACACAGAGAGAGAGACACAAACAGGCUGCACGCAGAUGAACGCUUUCCCAGUAGGCUACAUUCAGAAAAACGAUGGAGACAGAUUUUAAAAGCCGUUUAUCGCGAACAAAGUUUUGAAAAGUUCCAUUAGAACGCGACAGUUCCUUCCUUUGAAAAACAGUUCAGUCGUGUACUGAGCCGAGGCGAUUGGAAAAGGUGACGUGUGAUAGUGUUUCGCGGAAUAUUUCUGCUCUAAAGCAAUAAUAGCCAACAACAACUAAAAAGUAACUUCAAUGCUUUUGAAUAAGAGGAGAAGAUGUGCACGGCACAGGACAUGGAUCAGCGGCUGCAGGAGGAAGGAUUGGAUCCUUUGGCCUCCAGUGACGAACGUUUGUCUCUGUUGUGGCAGCUUUACAUGAGCAGUGAAAAUACAGUCAAAUCCCUCAACCAGCAGAUCCAGGACCUGCAGAAGGAACGUGUCGCUGAGAUUGAAAAAGUCCAGCAACAAAUCAGUCAAAUCAAGAGUCUCACAAAGACCCGAGAUUCAGUGGCUUUACGUCUGGAGCAGGAGAACCAAACGCUACAUGCAACUCUGGAUGACAUCAACCAGCAGCAAGAGACUCAGAGGAGCGAGAUUGCAGAGAUGUUGCUUCAGGAGGGUCUGGCUGAGAUGAUUCCCAUCAGCCUCAGUGAACAGGUCGCUUACCUCCUCGCAGACCGAGCCUCGCUGCUGGAGAAAAUGCAGAGCCGGGAGGAUGUAGAGGAGAUGAAGAUGAUGCAGGAUCAUGAAGCUCUUAAGCAGAAAACCUCACCGAGUCAUGUUGAGAAUGUGCUGCAUGUGGCGCCACUACACGUUCAGAGCCCUUGGAAGCGGCUCCUGAGUCUCAGAAAAGCAGCUCAGAGUAAACAGAAAUUAACUCCUCAGGCGGCUGAAAUGCAGUAUAGUGUGGAUAAACUGAAGGAGCGGACACUGCAGGCACUGGAGAGAGAUGUAGAAGAAGCUUCUGCUCGACUCGCUAUGGCUCAUAAGGAGAUCCGCAGACUCACAGAUGAGCUUGAAUCUGCUCACCUCACACAAAAGGCUUAUGAGCCCGAGUUGCAAGAAGCUCAGCUGGAAGUCGAGCACCUUCGACAUGAAGUGGAGAAACUGAAACGCUGUGAAGUUGCUGAACUGCGCAAAACAAAAGAGAUAAACCAGAAACAGGAGGACGAGUUGUGCCACCUGAGGCAGAAUGUGAAGAGACUGCAGACAGAGCGCGUGCAAUUACUUCAAAUAGCAGAAGCAACUGUCACUCCAUCCACAGCCAUGAAAAUGCAGGAAGAUGAAGCCCAUAAACGGUGUGUUGAUGAGAUGCAGGAGCGUCUGCAGGAUCUGACGCAGGUCACACUAAAGCUGCGGAUGGACUUUGAGAUGGAGACGGAGCUGCGGAGGAGAGCAGUGGACGAGUGUGAAGAGCAGAAGAAGAAGAGAACUGAGGCAGAACAGCUGGUCAGAAACUUCCAGACGCUCUGCGAGAAACAGACGGAUGAUUACAGGAGGAGCGUCGGCACCCUUCAGGUGGAGAUCAGAGAUUUAGUAAGUAAAGUACGAGAGCUGGAGGUGCAGGACGUGGAGAGACAGCAGGAGAGACACCUGAAACAGGUGUCGUGUUUGCAGGAUGAGGUUUGCCAGCUGAAGUUUGCCCUGCAGGAGGAGCAGGAGAAAAGCAAACAGAUGCUCAUAAACAUGCAGAUGGAGAUGGACCAGGCCAGAGCGCUGGUGCAGUCUCAGGAGAUCCAGCUUCAGAAAGAUGCAGACGAGCAGAAGAGUAUGAUUGAGGAGCUGCAGAGCAUCCAGAAGAUCCUCAACACCACCAAACAAGAACUGCAGAUGCAGAGGAGAAACAACACAAAACUGCAGAACAACAUAAGUGAUGCGCAGCAGGAGAACCUCAAGCUUCAACAGGACUUGAAGAACAGAUUAGUCAGCAGUCAACAGGACAGUGAAUCUCUGAGGACUGAACUUCAACUAGCUCUAGUGAGCGUGGACGCAGAGAGAAGUAAAUACAACGACAAGCGAAUCCACUACAAAAACAAGCUGAGCCGAGCCAGAGGGCUUUACCUGAGAGAGACAAACCGGCGAGACGAACAAAUAAAAGACCUGGACAAACAGAUCUGCAUUCUGAGGAAACAAGAGGAACAGAUGUCAUACAUGAUGAAGACGGUCAUGUCUGAAAACCAGAGUCUGCUUCAAAACAACACAGAUCUGCUUCUACAGCUGCACGACUCUGAAGAGACUCAGAAAAACACGUCACACACCGUCUUCACCAUGCAGAGGAGGAUUAAUUUGCUUGAAGAAGAAAACAGUCGACUACAACAGACGACAGCACAGAUGUCUGAGCACAUCGAAUGCCUGACGACACUGGCUGAGACAGACUGUGAUGAAGUUAGUGCUGAGAGUCGUGUUAUCGAGGGUGAAGACCAAACCACUCUUCCUACAUAAACAUCUUCAUUUUUCAUUGUGAAUCGCUUAAAUUAUUUUUGUAAACUCAAAUAUUUCUAAAUAAAUGUCUGUGUCUACAGAUCACAACAAAA